AUGGCAGUAAAUGUCUUAGAAGGAGGAAUUGUUGAUAAGGAUCUUCGUCACUACCUCAACUUACGAUUUCAGAAGGGUUCUGUGGACCACGAACUUCAGCAAAUCAUUCGUGACAACCUCUACCUCCGCACCGUGCCAUGCACUACAAGGCCACAUAAGGAGGGUGAGGUGCCCGGAGUGGACUAUAUCUUCAUCACUGUUGAAGAUUUUAUGGAAUUAGAGAAAAGUGGUGCUCUCCUAGAAAGUGGGACUUACGAAGACAAUUACUACGGUACCCCAAAGCCUCCAGCAGAACCAGCACCAUUACUAUUAAAUGUAACAGACCAGAUACUUCCGGGAGCCACUGCAAGUGCUGAAGGAAAACGGAAGAGGAAUAAAUCAGUGAGCAACAUGGAGAAAGCAAGUAUAGAGCCUCCUGAGGAGGAAGAGGAGGAGAGGCCUGUGGUCAAUGGAAAUGGAGUAGUAAUAACACCAGAAUCCAGUGAACAUGAAGACAAGAGUGCAGGUGCCUCAGGGGAGACACCCUCCCAGCCUUAUCCUGCACCAGUGUACAGUCAGCCCGAGGAGCUGAAGGAGCAGAUGGAUGAUGCAAAACCAACUAAACCUGAAGAGAAUGAGGAAUCAGACCCACUGCCUGAUAACUGGGAAAUGGCCUAUACAGAGAAGGGUGAAGUCUACUUCAUUGACCAUAACACAAAGACAACAUCAUGGCUGGAUCCACGACUUGCGAAAAAGGCUAAACCUCCAGAAGAGUGCAAAGAAAAUGAGCUUCCAUAUGGCUGGGAAAAAAUCGAUGAUCCCAUAUAUGGCACUUAUUAUGUUGACCACAUAAAUAGAAGAACACAGUUUGAAAACCCUGUCCUGGAAGCAAAAAGGAAGCUACAGCAGCAUAACAUGCCCCACACGGACCUUGGAACCAAGCCCCUGCAGGCCCCAGGUUUCCGAGUAGACAACUCCUCAUCGACAAUACCUAGGCCCAAAUCCGGCCGCCCCCGCCCUGCCCCGGGGAGGUGGCGCAGCGUGAGUGACUUGUACUAUUAUCCGCACAACCACGCCUGGAGGCCCUGGCCCUGGCCGAUCGAAAAGCCACUCUUCACCCGGGAUGCAUCCCAGUUGAAGGGAACAUUCCUCAGCACCACCCUAAAAAAGAGCAACAUGGGAUUUGGAUUUACCAUCAUUGGUGGAGAUGAGCCCGAUGAGUUUCUGCAGGUGAAAAGUGUGAUUCCGGAUGGGCCCGCAGCACAGGAUGGGAAAAUGGAGACAGGUGAUGUCAUUGUCUAUAUUAAUGAAGUUUGUGUCCUUGGACACACCCAUGCAGACGUCGUCAAACUUUUCCAGUCGGUUCCUAUUGGUCAGAGUGUCAGCCUGGUGUUGUGUCGUGGCUACCCUUUGCCCUUUGACCCUGAAGAUCCUGCGAACAGCCUGGUGCCACCCCUUGCAAUAAUGGAGAGGCCACCUCCAGUCAUGGUCAAUGGCAGACAUAACUAUGAAACGUAUUUGGAAUACAUUUCUCGGACCUCACAGUCGGUUCCAGACAUAACAGAUCGGCCGCCUCAUUCUUUGCACUCCAUGCCAGCAGAUGGGCAGCUCGAUGGCACGUAUCCACCGCCUGUCCAUGACGACAAUGUGUCUAUGGCUUCAUCUGGGGCCACCCAAGCUGAACUCAUGACCUUAACCAUUGUGAAAGGUGCCCAGGGCUUUGGCUUCACUAUUGCCGACAGUCCGACCGGACAGCGGGUGAAACAAAUACUUGAUAUUCAGGGAUGCCCUGGCCUGUGCGAAGGCGACCUCAUUGUUGAGAUCAACCAGCAGAAUGUACAGAACCUGAGCCAUACAGAAGUAGUGGAUAUCCUUAAGGACUGUCCCAUUGGAAGCGAGACUUCUUUGAUUAUCCAUCGAGGAGGUUUCUUUUCUCCAUGGAAAUCUCCAAAGCCUAUCAUGGACCGAUGGGAGAAUCAAGGCAGUCCUCAGACGAGUUUAUCUGCCCCGGCCAUACCGCAGAACCUGCCCUUCCCACCCGCUCUUCACAGGAGCUCCUUUCCUGACUCAACAGAGGCCUUUGACCCCAGGAAGCCUGACCCAUAUGAGCUCUACGAGAAAUCUAGAGCCAUUUAUGAAAGUAGGCAACAAGUGCCACCAAGGACCAGUUUUCGAAUGGAUUCCUCUGGUCCAGAUUAUAAGGAGCUGGAUGUUCAUCUUCGUAGGAUGGAGUCUGGAUUUGGCUUCAGAAUUCUCGGAGGAGAUGAGCCUGGACAGCCUAUUUUGAUUGGAGCCGUCAUUGCCAUGGGCUCAGCCGACAGAGAUGGCCGCCUACACCCUGGAGAUGAGCUCGUCUAUGUCGAUGGGAUUCCAGUGGCUGGCAAGACCCACCGCUAUGUCAUCGACCUUAUGCACCACGCGGCCCGGAACGGGCAGGUCAACCUCACUGUGAGAAGAAAGGUGCUAUGUGGAGGGGAGCCCUGCCCAGAGAACGGGAGGAGUCCAGGCUCCGUAUCAACCCACCACAGCUCUCCACGCAGUGACUACGCCACCUACACCAACAGCAACCACGCUGCCCCCAGUGGCAGCGCCUCUCCCCCGGAAGGCUUCGCUUCCCACAGCCUGCAGACCAGCGACGUGGUCAUUCACCGGAAAGAGAACGAAGGCUUCGGCUUCGUCAUCAUCAGCUCCCUGAACAGGCCUGAGUCCGGAUCCACUAUAACUGUGCCCCAUAAAAUCGGACGCAUCAUUGAUGGGAGUCCUGCAGAUCGCUGUGCAAAGCUCAAAGUGGGAGACCGGAUCUUAGCGGUGAACGGCCAGUCGAUCAUCAACAUGCCUCACGCAGACAUCGUGAAGCUGAUCAAGGACGCGGGUCUCAGUGUCACCCUUCGCAUCAUUCCUCAGGAGGAGCUCAACAGCCCCGCCUCGGCGCCCAGCUCCGAGAAGCAGAGCCCCAUGGCCCAGCAGCACAGCCCCCUGGCCCAGCAGAGUCCGCUGGCCCAGCCGAGCCCAGCCACCCCCAACAGCCCUGUCACCCAGCCAGCUCCUCCUCAGCCACUGCAACUACAGGGACAUGAAAAUAGUUACAGGUCAGAAGUAAAAGCAAGACAAGAUGUGAAACCGGACAUCCGACAGCCUCCAUUCACGGACUACAGGCAGCCCCCCCUGGACUACAGGCAGCCGCCAGGGGGGGACUACCAGCAACCCCCACCCUUGGACUACAGGCAACCUCCGCUGCUGGACUACAGACAGCACUCCCCCGACACCAGGCAGUACCCUCUGUCAGACUACAGGCAGCCCCAGGAUUUUGAUUAUUUCACCGUGGACAUGGAGAAAGGAGCCAAAGGAUUUGGGUUCAGCAUUCGUGGAGGAAGGGAAUACAAAAUGGAUUUGUACGUGUUGAGAUUGGCAGAAGAUGGGCCAGCAAUAAGGAAUGGAAGGAUGAGGGUAGGAGACCAAAUCAUUGAAAUCAAUGGGGAGAGCACCAGGGACAUGACGCACGCCAGAGCAAUAGAACUCAUCAAAUCUGGAGGAAGAAGAGUGAGGCUGCUGCUGAAGCGCGGGACGGGGCAGGUCCCGGAGUAUGACGAACCCGGCGCCUGGAGCGGUCCCGCUGCCGCCGCCGCAGGUCUGCAGGAAGUAGGCGCCCCCCUCGAGGACGUCCUCUCGCCAUUCUCUCCAUCGCAUCCAGCCCCACCCUCCGACCCUUCCCACCAGAGAAGCCCAGACCCGACUGGGGAGAUCCAAAGGGAGCACGACGUUAGGAAACCAAAGGAGCUGGCGGCCGGCGGCCAGAAGAAGCAGCACAAAAAUCCCAAGGAGUUUAUGCAGAAGCCUAAACUGAAGGUAGUGAACAGCAGUGCAGAGGUCCAAAAUGAAUGGCCGAGUGUACCUCUUGCCAUGUGCUACAAUACACGCCUCUGGGAGAAGGGAGAGUUCUCCGUGGCCAAACUCACAGCAAAAUCAGAUGACCUAACUGCUGAGGAGUUUGGAAUUAACAGAGAUUUCUUUGUCAGACAACCAUAG